CCGGGCGGCCUCAGCACCGGCUCCUCUUCACCACUCCUGAGGUUUUAUCAACUUUCAGUCAACACUGCAUUCGUGUCUCACAGAAGUCACCAUGACCGCCUCAUACCGCUCUGGCGUAUCCGCCUUCUCCAUGUCCUCGGUUCCCUCACUGUCAAUUUCCAAGCGGGGAACGAGCGUCUAUGGCGGUGCCGGUGGUCGAAACGUCCAGGUGUCCUACGCUUCCAACUCCCUCGGCUCCGGUUUUGACCUGGCGGCGGCGCUCGGAGGUGGCGGGGGAAGCAGCAGCAGCAGCAGUUUCUCCGUCUCAGGCAACGAGAAAAUGAACAUGCAGAAUCUCAAUGAGCGCCUGGCCUCCUACCUGGAAAAGGUGCGCUCUCUGGAGUCCACCAAUGCGCAGCUGGAGCGCCAAAUCCGCGAGUGGUACGAUAAGCAGACCCCCACCGUCCGGGACUACAGCAAGUAUCAGGCAAUCGUUGACGACCUGCGCAGAAAGAUAAGUGUCGCCUCACAGGACAAUGCCAGACUGAUGCUGCAGAUUGACAAUGCCAGACUGGCAGCAGAGGAUUUCAAAGUCAAGUAUGAGAAUGAACUGGCAGUGCGCAUGUCGGUGGAGGCGGACAUUGCCGGACUGCGCAGGGUUCUGGAUGACCUGACCAUGACCCGGACUGACCUGGAGAUGCAGGUGGAGAGCCUGAAGGAGGAGCUGGUCUACCUAAAGAAGAAUCAUGCAGAGGAGCUUGCGGCCAUGCGCGGCCAAGUUACUGCCAGCACUGUGAAGGUAGAGGUGGACGCCAAGCCCCAGGAGGAUCUGUCCAGGAUCCUGGAGGAGAUCAGAACUCAGUAUGACGGCAUCGCUGACAAGAACCGCCGUGAAAUGGAAGCCUGGUACAAGGUCAAGUUUGACGAGCUGAACAAGCAGGUGACAACCAGCACAGAGACCCUCCAGACCUCCCGCACUGAGAUCAACGACCUUAAGCGGACGCUGCAGUCCCUGCAGAUUGAGCUGCAGUCCCAGAUCAGCCUGAAAGCUGCUUUGGAGGGCACACUGGGAGAGACAGAGUCCCGCUACAGCCUGCAGCUCAGCCAGCUCCAGGCCAUGGUCAACAGCUUGGAGAGCGAGCUCAGCCAGGUGAGGGCGGACAUCGAGAGGCAGUCCACAGAGUACCAGGUGCUUCUCGACAUCAAGACCAGGCUGGAGCUGGAGAUUGCUGAGUACAGAAGGCUGCUGGACGGAGAGGAUCAAAACAAAACUGUCGUCAUACAAGAGGUCAAACAUCAACCAGUCAUUACCCAGAGGAGGAAGGUGGUGAUUGAAGAGAUCGUUGAUGGAAAAGUGGUUUCCCGCACAGAAGAUGUGGACACAGAGGUCAUCAGCAAGUAGACAGCCUGGAUCCCAAACGAUCUGAGUUUCUUAAGUCUACUAAAAAUGAACCAGGAAGAGAGUUUGUUAUUAUUUCGCCCAGAUCUGAAAGCUAUCCCCAAAUCCAUCAUAUGUCUCUACUUCUGCAGCACAAUUUAUCUGCAGCGUUCAUUGCCAUUCUCAAAAACUUGUCAGAAAAAAUGAGCAAACCAAUAAAACGGUUUUAAAUUGUGUAAGAAGAAUGUGUUAGUGUUAGAGAUAGAACCAGAUUUUUUAUAUAUGUAUGUAUAUACACAAGUUAAAGAGGUCUAUAUAUAUAUAUAUAUAUAUGUUUUGCCUAAAUAAAUUAAACCGCCACAUUUAUCCAAAGCCCAGUAAAAACAACUCUACCGACUGCCCUCCAGCUGGCCUCCUGAAAUACCGGAUUUACACAUUAGGUGAUGCUGUGAGCCUAAUAAGGGAAAUGCACUUGGAUUGAUACAUAGUGUGAUAAAAGAAAGAAGAUAUUCUCCAGUCUUGUUUGUAUUUUUUCCAUUGCCAGUGAAAGCAUAAAAGGUCAAGGAAAAUAUGAAAAUGAAAUGUUAUACUAAUAUGUAUCACUCAGUCACCAUGAACAAAAUAGACUAUUGUCAAGAUGGAUGUCUCUGUGAUGUAAUGUGUGAUGUACUUCUCUAAAUUAAAACUACAUUUCCUAUAAA